CAUCCACUCCUCCCACUCCUCCUCACUCUUCCACCUCCAUUUUUUGUUGGUUUGUCUUCCUUUGUGCGUUUUUUUCACGACCUAUGCCAUACAAUACGGCGGAAACCGUGAUGCUUGGUGACUCCGCGGAGCGGACGUAAAUGGUCCCGUCCUUCUUGUACACCUCACCUUAUCCGUGUGCACGAGAAAGGGAGGGGGGCAGGGAGUUUAGGGCGGGUGUCGCUUCUGUCACGGGACUGGAGCUGCAGUACGUUUGGAGGCUCGAGAAGAGACGGAGGGGCGACUGGGUCCCGACUCAAAGAGGGUGGGACGGUUACUAAAGUGUUUCCGCAGAUAGCUUUCUAUCUCACCAUGUGGAGAAAACCUGAGAUGGCAUUCCUCUAAAGCAGGACGAGAGUGAGGUGGCAGAAAACUGAUAUCUUCCUCCAUCAUUUUGAUUGGGAAUAAUUCCUUUUCCUGAGUGCUCAGUGCAGUUGUUUGCUCAAGUAAACUGUGAAAAAACUAAGGAAAAGGAACCAGUAGGAAAUUUUUCCCUUUCACUCUGAUCCUUGAACUUUUGACCUCAGUAUGAGCAGUUUAGUAGGAAAGCUGGACCCUCGCAGGAUACAGUGGGGCGCAACAUGGAAUGCCUUUACAUCCCGUGUCCUGAGGACCAAACCUGUGGAGUCCAUGUUGGAUUCGGCCAUGUCGGGCACGAGCUCCCACGGGACCAGACUAGCUCGGGUGUUGUCUACAGUGGACCUGGUGUCGCUGGGAGUGGGAAGCUGCGUUGGCACGGGUAUGUAUGUGGUCUCGGGGCUGGUCGCCAAGGAGAUGGCUGGUCCAGGGGUCAUUGUGUCCUUCAUUAUCGCUGCUGUGGCCUCCAUACUGUCAGGAGUGUGUUAUGCGGAGUUUGGGGUGCGCGUGCCUAAGACCACAGGUUCAGCCUACACAUACAGCUAUGUGACUGUGGGGGAGUGCGUGGCAUUCUUCAUUGGGUGGAACUUAAUUCUGGAGUAUCUGAUUGGCACAGCGGCAGGGGCGUCGGCUCUCAGCAGCAUGGCUGACUCGCUGGCCAAUCACAGCAUCAGCGACUUUAUGAUUUCACACAUCGGGACACUCAACAGUUUGGGUAAAGGGGAGCAGGCGUACCCAGACCUGCUGGCGCUGCUGAUCGCACUGCUGGUGACAGUGAUAGUGGCUUUAGGAGUGAAGAACUCUGUGGGCUUCAACAACAUGCUGAACGUCAUCAACCUCAUAGUGUGGGUGUUCAUGAUGAUCGCUGGGCUGUUCUUUGUCAACGGAGAGAACUGGGCCGAGGGGAGGUUCCUGCCCUUUGGCUGGUCGGGGGUGAUGCAGGGUGCAGCGACCUGUUUCUAUGCCUUCAUUGGUUUUGACAUCAUUGCAACAACAGGAGAAGAAGCCAAGAGUCCCAACACAUCCAUCCCUUAUGCCAUCACUGCCUCACUCAUUACCUGUCUCACUGCCUAUGUCUCUGUGUCUGUAAUCCUGACCCUGAUGGUGCCAUACAAUGAGAUUGAUGCAGAUGCCCCACUGAUGGAGAUGUUUGCCUUGCAUGGCUGCAUGUUUGCAAAGUAUAUCGUGGCGGUAGGAUCUAUAGCUGGACUCACUGUCUCCCUCCUGGGGUCCCUGUUCCCCAUGCCCAGGGUCAUCUAUGCCAUGGCAGGGGAUGGCCUACUGUUUAAGUUCCUGGCCCAUGUGUCUUCCUACACAGAGACCCCCGCUGUUGCCUGUGUGGUGUCAGGCUUUCUGGCUGCCCUCCUGUCCCUCCUGGUCAGCCUCAGAGAUCUCAUAGAGAUGAUGUCUAUAGGAACGCUGCUGGCCUAUACCCUGGUGAGUCUGUGUGUGCUCCUGUUACGUUAUCAACCUGAGGGCGACAUCCACGGCUUUGUGAACUUCCUUUCUCAAGAGCAGAACAACAAGAGAAAGGAAGGCGUUCUGGCUGAGUGUGAGAAAGAUGCCUGCUCGCCGGCCAGUGAGGGCGAUGAGUACGGAAGUCCGGCCACUAACACCUGUGGAGCCAAAAACCUGCCGUCGCUGGGUGACAAUGAGAUGCUGAUUGGCAAACCAGAUAAAAACGCCUACACCGCCAGCCACCCAAACUAUGGCACGGUGGAUAUGACCACAGGCAUUGAAGCAGAGGAGUCGGAGGGCGGGAUGUCCCGGCGGUUAAAGAAGCUGAUUGGACCGCGAUACUACACCUUGAGGAUCCGACUGGGCCUCCCAGGAAAGAUGGACAGGCCAACUCCGGCCACAGGAAAAACUGUCACUGUGUGCGUGCUACUCCUCUUCAUCCUCCUCUUCGCUUUCUGCUCCUUCAUCAUUUUUGGAGCGAGCACUAUCGGGGAGGGCCGCUGGUGGGCUCUGCUGCUAUUAAUCCUCCUUAUCAUCUUCAUUGCCCUGCUCAUCAUCAUUAUCCUCCAGCAGCCAGAGAACCCCAAGCGGCUGCCCUACAUGGCACCCUGUGUGCCCUUUGUACCUGCUUCAGCCAUGCUGGUCAACAUCUACCUCAUGCUUAAACUGUCUGCAAUUACCUGGAUACGAUUUUCAAUCUGGUGCCUUGUGGGUGUGCUCAUCUACUUUGGCUAUGGCAUGUGGAACAGUACACUGGAGAUCACAGCCAGAGAGAAUGAGGUGCACGCCUCCACUUACCAGCGCUAUGAUCAAGGCGUGGACGAAAGCUUCUGCGGCUUUGACGAUGAUUUCUACCCGCCUACCACUGACCCCUGGGGUACACCGGAGGGGGGAUCAGGGCUUACACCACCCCCUGAGGCAAAACCUGAGAGUGACGGGAUGCCAUCAAAAGGUGGUGGUAGGACCGUUUCCAAUCACGGCCUUGCUGAGGAGGAUCCGAUGGAUUUCUGAAGAGACUGACUCUGUGUUACCCAGAAUGUACUGCCUUGUCUUGCUGCCUGGGGGGGAGGAGGGAGGGAAACGGUAGUGUGAAUGCAUGAAUAAUUGGAAUAAUUGUGCAUAGGUGUGUGUGUGUGUGUAUGUGUGUCUAACCCUUGGGCUAGAUUGUUUCUUGGCAGUGGAAUGGCUUUUCUUUCACCUUACUGUGCUGUGCUUGGUUUCUUUGCUCACGUAGCAAAUGUGGACCUCAAGGUCAUGAGUGUCUUGUCACAGUCACUUGUUAUCCCCAGUUUUUGCAUCCUACGCAAAGAAAGGCCAGACAGAUAAGUGCGGACAUAGCGGGAGAGACAAUAUAAUGUGGUUCAAUGCACUGUGAACCAUGUGACACUGUGCACAGUCACCUAGGAAGGUACGGGUUACAGGAGAGGAGAAGCUGGUGAGUGAGGGACAGAUGAAUCAGCAGCUCUCUUCCUGUUUCAACACAAAUAGAAAGGAAAGUUAGAUGACAUGCCAAGUCCAAGCUAUAUCCUAUGUCCAUGUUGGACUUUUUCCACUUGUUUCAUUUUCAGCAGACAGGAACUGAUACACAUGCUUUUCAAAAAAAGACUUCUGAAUACUUUAAAAUAUUUCCCCUGACCCCUAACAUCUAGCCCAAGGGACUCAGGAAUUGACUGGCAAAUGUUUUCUGUCACAAAUAGUACUUGGACUUUGCUUGCAAUAGUGCCUUCAUCUACUGUAUGUGUAUGAUGAGUUUCUGAUUGUGUCUGAUUUCCAGUUUAAUUUUUCCCGGUGUACUUGUGAGGGUACAUGUGCAAUCAAACUCCACCUUUUACAUUGAUUCUCAUGUCUGUGUGUAGCUACAAAGUGUGUACUGUGUAUGUGUAGGUAUUUGUUUUGUUUGUUCUUCCCACUCUUUGCCUCAGCAUGAAGCUCAAAAUCAAUCCGCCAGCAACAAAGCAAUCCAUGGCGCAGAAU